AUGCCUGGUCCUCUAUCUCUAUUUUCCGUCAACGCGGUCCUCGUCAUGUCCGCCGACGACGGAUCCCGCAUUUUCGCGAAAUACUACUCAGCACCACAUGCCCCCGCGGGCACAGCGCCCAACUCGACCGAUUACCCCGGUGCCAACCCGUACCCUACCGUGAAGGAGCAGCGAGCUUUCGAAAAGGGUCUCCUCGAAAAGACCAACAAGUCGACCGGCGAUGUGAUCCUCUACGACAACCGCAUUGUCGUGUUCAAGAUGGAGAGCGAUGUGAUGCUCUACGUGGUGGGCAGCGCCGAUGAGAACGAGGUCUUGCUGUAUAACGUUGUUCUGUCGCUGCGCGAUGCUCUCGGAAUAUUGUUCAAGGGCGCCACCGACAAGCGCACUAUCGUCGAGAACUACGACCUUGUUUCCCUCACUAUUGAUGAAAUCAUCGACGACGGAAUCAUCCUCGAGACCGACCCCGUACUCAUCGCCUCGCGGGUUAGCCGCGCUCCCGCCCAAGAUGCGCCUAACAUGAAGAACAUCGAUCUGACAGAGCAGGGUCUGAUGAAUGCGUGGGAGUUUGGCAAGCGCCGACUUGCUGAUAGUCUGCGGCAGAUGUAG